AUGGUACACCCCCAGCACCCACCCGUCGGCCCGCACCUCGUCGUCUCGUACCCUGCGCCCAAAGUCCUCCAGCUCCGCUUGAACCGCCCCGAAGCGCUCAAUGCCAUGACUGAUGCGCUCGAGGCCGACUUGUGCAAGAUGCUCGACUGGUUCGAGGAACAGACGUCGCUUUGGGUCUUGAUUGUUACGGGCACGGGGAGAGCUUUCUGCGCGGGUCAGGACUUGAAGAACUGGCAAAAGACAGCCGGGACGAACGACGCACCCGACGGCAACAUUCGCAAGAACCCGCACGGGUUCGGCUCGCUUGCUCGUCGUAGGACCAAGAAGACGUUCAUCUGCGCCUUGAACGGCUUUGCGUUCGGUGGAGGCGCCGAGAUCGUGGUCAAUGCUGACAUCGUCAUCGGCUGCAAGGGCGGCAAGGUUGGCUUCCCCGAAGUCAAGCGAGGCGUUGUCGCCGGUGUCGGCGGCAUUCCCAACGCGUUCUGGCACUCCCCUCAACUCGUCCCUUACCUCCUCACGGGCAACCCAAUCCCUCAGCGCGUUCUCGAAACGCAUAUUUUCACCGAAGUCGUUCCAGCCGACCAAGUCCUCCCCACCGCGCUCAAGUGGGCCAAGCAGAUCACCGACGCGUCGCCUGAAGCUGUUUGGGUCACGAAAGAACAGAUCAACAUGCACAAGACGGGCAUGGGCGUUGGAGACAUCGUUUAUGCGAGUCUUGACACGGAACAGAGCCAGAAACUCUAUCGUGGGGCCAACAUCCAGGAAGGCUUGCGAUCGUUUGUCGAGAAGCGAGAACCGGUGUGGCAGGACCCGCCCGCUCUGUCCCAGCCGAGGAAGGCGCGCUUGUAG